CCUUUGUCAUCCGGACUUGAAGCUUAUUUACAUUUAGCUUAUUGCCUUGCAAAUCACUAAAGCGUUCUUUGUUAGCUGCCUGCAUCUCAAUCGCUGAGCUGAACUAACUACUGCUUUGCCGUUCUCUGGGCACUCUUCACAGGUCUUCAUUUGCCAAGCUUCUCUUGAAAAGUUCCCUCCUUCCCUCAUUUAGAUAAAUCUAAAUAGAUGGGUCUUUCUUGCUUAAUUCUUAACAGUUCCGAAUGUAAUUAGGACCUGACAAAUGUGCCUCAGUCCUGGUCCGCUAUACUCCUCGCUAUACUCCUGACCUUAAGCAAAUACUGUAACCUCUGUGUUCUGGAGUGAUCUUUAUAUGGCAUGAAAGCUCUGAAAUAGGCCCUCUUUCAAGCCAUAGUCCUUUUUAAAAGUUCAGGGAUUUGUGAGUUUUGUGAGCCACCUCUCCUCUUUGCCCAUUCUUCAUGUUUUAAACCCAUUUCCAUCGCUCAGAAAGACAUUGUCAUUGAGAAUAGAAGGUAGGAAUCCUUUUUUCUGAAGCAGCCUGACUUGGAAAAGCUGGUAGUCUGAAUUGUCUCUUUCUUAGACCAAAAAACAAACAGAAAACCCCACAAAACAAACCAUUCCCACUGAAUUACCCUUUUCUCAUAACAGCAGAAACCGAGCAGGAACAGCCCUUGGGGAAAGGCUGUCUUUCUUGACAUCUACACAGAGACCUUGAAAAAGUUGGUACUUCUGGCCUACGCUGCCGUCAUCCUAUCACCCAGCCCAAGACAGCCCAGGCUGGAUGUUAGUGCCUCCCUCUUUAUUCCUCUGUGAUCAUCCAGAUCAGCACCUGACUGUUUAUUUUCAAAUCUCACAAAUUCAGCUCCAGAGCUUCAUAUUUGGAGUCUCAGCUGCACUUGAAGGACAGUGACUUCUUACGACAACAGCCGAGCCUACCAUCCCCCAGCAGAUCUCCAGUCAGCCCCUGACAUUGUCCCUUCCCUUGUCUCCUUUGUGGCCUCCUAAAUGCCCAUCUCAUUGGCCAGGGUUCAGCUGGUGGUAUGGAGGGGUGCUGCCUAGCACUGAACUGGGAGUGUGUGUGACCCACUGACCCAAUGAGCCUCAAUCGUCAUAGGAAGAAGUCUGCAGUUCUCUCUUGUUUUCCUCCAUCCCAGCAACUCAGGACUAUACCACAGAUAUGACCACAGUCAGAAGAGACAGAUCCUCCCAAAGGGACAUCAAAGGCCAGUUCUGGAAUGAUGACGAUUCGGAGGGAGAUAAUGAAUCAGAGGAAUUUCUCUAUGGAGUUCAGGGAAGCUGUGCAGCUGACCUGUAUCGACACCCACAGCUUGAUGCAGACAUUGAAGCCGUGAAGGAAAUCUACAGUGAGAACUCUGUAUCUAUCAGAGAAUAUGGAACUAUCGAUGACGUUGACAUUGACCUCCACAUCAACAUCAGCUUCCUCGAUGAGGAAGUCUCUACAGCCUGGAAGGUCCUCCGUACAGAACCUAUUGUGUUGAGGCUACGAUUUUCUCUCUCCCAGUACCUUGAUGGACCAGAACCAUCAAUUGAGGUUUUUCAGCCAUCAAAUAAAGAAGGAUUUGGGCUGGGUCUUCAGUUGAAAAAAAUCCUGGGUAUGUUCACAUCCCAACAAUGGAAACAUCUCAGCAACGAUUUCUUGAAGACCCAGCAGGAGAAGAGGCACAGUUGGUUCAAGGCAAGUGGUACCAUCAAGAAGUUCCGAGCUGGCCUCAGCAUCUUCUCACCCAUCCCCAAGUCUCCCAGUUUCCCUAUCAUACAGGACUCUAUGCUGAAAGGCAAACUGGGGGUACCAGAGCUUCGGGUUGGUCGCCUCAUGAACCGUUCCAUCUCCUGCACCAUGAAGAAUCCCAAAGUCGAGGUGUUUGGCUACCCUCCCAGCCCCCAGGCAGGUCUCCUGUGCCCCCAGCACGUGGGCCUCCCUCCCCCAGCUCGGACCUCUCCUUUGGUCAGUGGUCACUGCAAGAACAUCCCCACUCUGGAAUAUGGAUUCCUUGUCCAGAUCAUGAAGUAUGCAGAGCAGAGGAUUCCAACGUUGAACGAGUACUGUGUGGUGUGUGAUGAGCAGCAUGUCUUCCAGAAUGGGUCCAUGCUCAAGCCAGCCGUCUGUACUCGUGAGCUGUGCGUUUUCUCCUUCUACACCCUGGGAGUCAUGUCUGGAGCUGCAGAGGAGGUGGCCACUGGGGCAGAGGUGGUGGAUCUGCUGGUGGCCAUGUGUAGGGCAGCUUUGGAGUCCCCUAGAAAGAGCAUCAUCUUUGAGCCUUAUCCUUCUGUGGUGGACCCCACUGAUCCCAAGACUCUGGCCUUUAACCCUAAGAAAAAGAAUUAUGAGCGACUUCAGAAAGCUCUGGAUAGUGUGAUGUCCAUCCGGGAGAUGACCCAGGGCUCAUAUCUGGAAAUCAAGAAGCAGAUGGACAAGCUGGAUCCCCUGGCCCAUCCUCUCCUGCAAUGGAUCAUCUCUAGCAACAGGUCACACAUUGUCAAACUACCUCUCAGCAGGCAGCUGAAGUUCAUGCACACCUCACACCAGUUCCUCCUGCUGAGCAGCCCUCCUGCCAAGGAGGCUCGGUUCCGGACCGCCAAGAAGCUCUAUGGCAGCACCUUUGCCUUCCAUGGGUCCCACAUUGAGAACUGGCAUUCGAUCCUGCGCAAUGGGCUGGUCAAUGCAUCCUACACCAAACUGCAGCUGCAUGGAGCAGCCUAUGGCAAAGGCAUCUACCUGAGCCCCAUCUCCAGUAUUUCCUUUGGAUACUCAGGAAUGGGAAAAGGACAGCACAGGAUGCCCUCCAAGGAUGAGCUGGUCCAGAGAUAUAACAGGAUGAAUACCAUCCCUCAGACCCGAUCCAUUCAGUCGAGGUUCCUGCAGAGUCGGAAUCUAAACUGUAUAGCACUUUGUGAAGUGAUUACAUCUAAGGACCUCCAGAAGCAUGGGAACAUCUGGGUGUGCCCUGUGUCCGACCAUGUGUGCACACGGUUCUUCUUUGUUUCUGCAGGGCAAACCUUUCUCAGCUCUGAGCGGUCUUUGCAAGUGGGGCCAAGGAGCCACCUUGAACCAAAAAAAGAGCAUUAUGUCACCGGAAGCCCAAGCCCAGGGAAUACAAGGACCUCAGAAGCCAUGUCGAAGCACCACAGCGAUGUCGGGACUGCCUUCAUUCAGACGCAGCAGCUGCAUGCAGCCAUGGCUGACACAUUCCUGGAGCAUAUGUGCCGUCUGGACAUCGACUCGCCACCCAUCACGGCCCGAAACACUGGCAUCAUCUGUACCAUUGGCCCAGCCUCCCGAUCAGUGGAGAUGUUGAAGGAGAUGAUAAAGUCAGGCAUGAAUGUGGCUCGUCUGAACUUCUCCCAUGGAACUCACGAGUAUCAUGCAGAGACCAUCAAGAACGUGCGCACAGCCACAGAAAGCUUUGCUUCUGACCCCAUUCUGUACCGGCCCGUUGCUGUGGCCCUGGACACCAAAGGACCUGAGAUCCGCACUGGGCUCAUCAAGGGCAGCGGCACUGCGGAGGUGGAGCUGAAGAAGGGAGCCACUCUCAAGAUCACUCUGGAUAAUGCCUACAUGGAAAAGUGUGAUGAAAACAUCCUGUGGCUGGACUAUAAGAACAUUUGCAAGGUGGUGGAAGUAGGCAGCAAGAUCUAUGUGGAUGACGGCCUUAUUUCUCUGCAGGUGAAGGAAAAAGGUGCUGACUUCCUGGUGACUGAGGUCGAGAAUGGGGGCUCCUUGGGCAGCAAGAAGGGUGUGAAUCUUCCUGGGGCUGCUGUGGACCUGCCUGCUGUGUCGGAAAAGGACAUCCAGGAUCUGAAGUUUGGGGUAGAGCAAGAUGUAGAUAUGGUGUUUGCAUCUUUCAUCCGCAAGGCAUCUGAUGUCCAUGAAGUCAGGAAGGUCCUGGGAGAGAAAGGGAAGAACAUCAAGAUAAUCAGCAAAAUCGAGAAUCACGAGGGAGUUCGGAGGUUUGAUGAGAUUCUGGAAGCCAGUGAUGGGAUCAUGGUGGCUCGUGGUGAUCUAGGCAUUGAGAUUCCUGCAGAGAAGGUCUUCCUUGCUCAGAAGAUGAUGAUUGGGCGAUGCAACCGAGUUGGGAAGCCUGUCAUCUGUGCCACACAGAUGCUGGAGAGCAUGAUCAAGAAGCCUCGCCCCACCCGGGCUGAGGGCAGUGAUGUAGCCAACGCAGUCUUGGAUGGAGCUGACUGCAUUAUGCUGUCUGGAGAGACAGCUAAAGGGGACUACCCCCUGGAGGCUGUUCGCAUGCAGCACCUGAUUGCCCGUGAGGCAGAGGCCGCCAUCUACCACAUGCAAUUAUUUGAGGAGCUCCGCCGCUUGGCGCCCAUUACCAGCGACCCCACAGAAGCUGCCGCCGUGGGUGCAGUGGAGGCCUCCUUCAAGUGCUGCAGUGGGGCCAUAAUCGUCCUCACCAAGUCUGGCAGGUCUGCUCACCAGGUGGCCAGAUACCGCCCCCGUGCCCCCAUUAUUGCCGUGACCCGCAAUCACCAGACAGCUCGCCAGGCCCAUCUGUACCGUGGCAUCUUCCCUGUGGUGUGUAAGGACCCAGUGCAAGAUGCCUGGGCUGAAGACGUGGACCUCCGGGUGAACUUGGCCAUGAAUGUUGGUAAGGCCCGAGGCUUCUUCAAGAAGGGAGAUGUGGUCAUUGUGCUGACUGGAUGGCGCCCCGGCUCUGGCUUCACCAACACCAUGCGUGUGGUGCCUGUGCCUUGAUGGACCCCAGAACCCCCUUCCAGUCCCCAUCCUAUCCCUUUCCCCCAACCCAUCCGAUAGACCAGCAAUGCUUGUAGUGCUCACUUGGGGCUGUAGUGUGGCACUGGUGGGCUGGGAUACCAGGAAAGACCAUUAGCGCCUCUAUGAAACAUGGUAGUUUUUAAGAUCCUGCUUGUCUGGGGUAACCCAGAGUUGGGCUGCCUAUCAUGUGGGCCCAAUUGUGAAAUAGGCCAUGUUGGGGCUGGAAGUUCCAGAGCUGAAUACAAAGGGCAAUAAUAGCUCCUGUUGCUUCUCCUUUGUGCAUUGUAUUCAGUUCUUAUAGAAAAUGGAUUCCCAGAAAACUUCCAAACCUGGCCUGUGGUCAGGAGACAGGCAGCAAGAGAGGGGCCUUCAGGCUUGGGGCAGUGGUUCCAGUUAAGUAGACUGUCCCUGGUCCUUAAUUGCUUCUCCAAUACCUCUGCCUUCCCAACUCCCGCCUUGUGUGUUGUGCGCUUCGUUCCUGCACUCCACUCAGCUGCAGACAAAUACUCCACUUUCCACCUUCCGUUUUCCCUACGGCUGUAGCCUAUUGCUGUCGAGCCUACCUGUAUGUCAAUAAACAGCUGAAGCUCC